UUCUUUUUUUUCACUUUGGUAGGUAGCAGCCUCACUGGUUACACCCUCCCCAUUACCUACCGUGCGCCGGGCCUCCAACGAGCAGCUGGGGAGCACUGCUGGCUGCUGAGCCUCCCCGGGCAGCAGGAGCCAUGCCAGUGCCUUGGGGCUGGCAGACAGGGCUCUGACUCCUACCUCUGUGCUGGACCCAGUGCUGUUUUCAGCCCUCAAACAGAGGCUCUGCUCUGCUCCAAACCUCACCUGAAGCCUUGGUGCUCAGAAGACGGACGGCCCAGGGCUGAGCUGGAUCCUGAAUCACUCCUUCUCCCUUUCUGCUCGAUAUCCUGAGCUCAGAAUGGACCUCCUCGACAGGAAGGGCUCCUGCUUGCAGCUGGCUGCCAUGCAGAAUGUGAACAUCAUCAUGCAGCACUACAACUUCACCGGCAAGCUGGCCAACCGGCACUCCCGGGAUGAGGGCAUGGGCCUCAUCCGCACCAUCUUCGUCAUCAUCAGCUGCGCCAUCAUCCUGGAGAACCUGCUGGUGCUGCUGGCCGUGCUGCGCUGCCUGCGGGCGCGCCGCUGGGUCUACUCCUGCAUCGCCAGCAUCACCGUCAGCGACCUGCUGGCCGGCAUCGCCUACCUCUCCAACCUCUGUCUCUCAGGCAAGAAGACCUUCCAGCUGUCCCCUCAGCUCUGGUUCCUGCGGGAGGGCAUCCUCUUCAUCGCGCUGGCCGCCUCCACCUUCAGCUUGCUGGUGACGGCCAUCGAGCGGUACAGUGCCAUGGUGCGGCCGAUCGCCGAGAACGAGGCCAGCAAGACGCUGCGCCUGCGCGGCCUCAUCGUGUCCUGCUGGCUGCUGGCCUUCAUCAUCGGGCUGCUCCCGCUGCUGGGCUGGAACUGCCUCUGCAACUUGAGCGCCUGCUCUGUCCUCCUGCCCCUCUACUCCAAGAACUACAUCCUCUUCGCCGUGGUCAUGUUCAGCAUCAUCUUGCUGGGCAUCAUCGGCCUCUACAUCUCCAUCUUCCAGCUCGUUCAGGCCAGCUCCACUUCUCGGCACAGCCGCAAGCGCUCCUUCCGUUUGCUCAAGACGGUGCUGAUGAUCCUGGGCGCCUUCAUCAUCUGCUGGAGCCCCCUCUUCGCCCUGAUGCUCUUCGAUGUGUUCUGUGAGACGCAGACCUGCAGGCUGCUGCACAGCCUGGACUGGACCUUGGCUCUGGCCAUGCUCAACUCAGGCAUUAACCCCAUCAUUUACUCGCUGCGGAGCGUGGAGGUGCGCCGCGCCGUGUGCAGCCUGCUGUGCUGCUGCUGCAUCAGGAUCGGGCUCUGCAAGCCUGGGAACUGCCUGGUCAUCACCGACAUCAACUCGGGCUCAUCCACCGAGAGCUCCCUGCGCUACCGGGAGAGCUUCCGCACCUCCAUGCCCCCGAACGCACGGCCCAGAGCACCUCUCUCCAGCAACUCCAGCAUGAUGAGCAACCUGCCCAGCCUCUGAGAGGCCAAGGGUGGCCCAGAGAGCCUGCUGGGACCUCAGGGUGCUGGGCACUGCCUGUCAGAACAAUGUCAGAUGCUGUCCUGCCCCUGCUGCUGACUGUGGCCAGGCUUUGAGCAGGAUGUAGCAUAGAAACAUGCUCCUGGAUGGCGGUGAGGGAUACGGGCACAGGCUGGGACAGACGCUCUGCUCAGAUGGAUGCUGUGCUGGGGUAGGAGUGGCCCCUGCUCCGUGCGUGCAUGUAUAUAGGUGCUGUACCUGCUCCGGUGAGGGCAUCUAGCCCCAUUGUGCCCCGUGGCACAGGGAUGGCACUCCCCAUUUGGACUUCUAGGGGUUACCAACAGCAGAGAUGGGAACUGAGAGCUGCAGGAUAUUGGACCGCCAGCAGCCAUGUCUGCACCCGCUGCAGCCCAGGGCUCAGCGCUGCAGCCCCAGCCGGCAGGAUGGAGCAGCAGGAGGGGUGCCGAGGUGCCGUGAGAACCCGGGCAGGAUGCUCUGCAAGGCACUGAAGUGCGCAGACACAGGAAGGGCGGUUCCAGGGGCGUGCAGAGAGCUGUGCUGUGUGAGCAGCGCAGGGCGUUGCUCCUGGAAGAGGCCCACUGCAGAGCGAUGCUCUGGAGGAGAACAGCAUCCAACUGCCCCCUCACCGUGCGGGAAGCCCAGGCCAGCCAGGCCCUGCGGAGAAGCUGUCGGCAGCUUAAAACCUUACAAUCAUUUAACUGCAAUAAAAUCUCCUCAGCCAGGAAGCCCUCGUUUAGUGCGAUUUUAUUCCAUCUCGGGCCACGAGAUGGUCGGGUCCCGCAGCAGGAGGCCCGGUGCCGCCCGGGGGGGGCCCUGCGGCAGCUACCGGAAGCGCCCGCUCCCACUGCCCGCUCCACUACCGGAAGUGCCCUGUACCAAUUCCCGCUCUACUACCGGAAGUGCCGUCUCCCAGUCCCCUCUUCACUACCGGAAGUGGCACUGCCCCCUGCAGGCCAGGCCGGCGCUGUCUCGACUACAGCUCCCGGCACCCUUUGCGGCCAGGCAAGAACUACAACUCCCAGCAGGUCUCCGGGGGCGGUGUGUGCUGACGUCACGCGUCUUUGCGUCCUGUCGCGCCGUGCCGCGCGUGCCGGGGCUGCAGGCCGCAGCGGCGGGUCGGGGCCGCGGCGA